AUGGUUGAUUUGGAUUGUAAAGCAAAGAUGGUAUCAUCAGAUAGUAUGCCAAGCAGAUCACCACGGCGUUCGUCGUCUAACAAACUUACCGCUUUGGUUCCACCACCGCCAGUCCGGGUUCCGGAUUUGUCGCCGGCGUCUGAUACUGACUGUUUUGCAUACGAGCAUUACCUACGGCUUCCUCAAAUAAAGGAGCUAUGGAACACGGUGGAGUUUCCAGGGUGGAAAAAUGAGGCCGUGUUGAAACCGGCGUUGCAAGCUUUAGAGUUCACGUUUCGGUUUGUGUCGAUUGUGUUGUCUGAUCCGAGACCUUACGUUAAUCAACGGGAGUGGAGAAGAAGACUGGAGUCUUUGGCGACGAGUCAGAUCGAGGUUAUUUCUUUGUUUUGCGAGGAUGAUAAGAUCGAAACGGUGCCGAUUGUUAAUAUCGGCGGAAGCGGAGGCGUAUUGACGCGUGAGGGAAGCUCGGCGGAGGUGUGGAAGCUUAACGACGGCGAAGAUGCGACGGUUUUAGUCAGCCAGAUAAGCGAGGAAAGCCUGUUACCUCGGCUUGACACGUGGAAGAAAUCGGAAGACGUAGCACAGAAGAUUCUGUAUUCGAUUGAAUGCCAGAUGAGACGGUGUCCAUACACGUUGGGGUUAGGGGAGCCGAAUCUCAACGGCAAGCCAAGCCUAAACUACGACGCCGUUUGCAAGCCAUCGGAGCUUCAUGCUCUGAGCAAAACGCCACCGGAUCAAGCUAACGUCAACAACUAUGAGAACCGAACGGUAUUCACGACGCAUCAGAUCCUGGAAUCGUGGAUCUACGUUGCUCAGCAGCUCUUGAAUCGAAUCGAAUCAGAAAUCGAUUCAAACGAUUUCGAAAAUGCUUCGAGCGAUAGUUACAUUCUGGAACAGGUAUGGAAACUAUUAACAGAGGUUGAAGAUCUUCAUCUACUAAUGGAUCCCGACGAUUUUCUCCGGUUGAAGAACCAGCUCGACGUCAAAACAACCACCGAGUCUGAAUCGUUUUGCUUCCGAUCAAAAUCGCUGAUAGAGAUCACCAAACGUUCCAAGGAUCUAAGACAUAAGGUUCCGUACAUUCUGGACGUAGAAGUGGAUCCUAUGGGCGGACCAAGGAUUCAAGAGGCGGCAAUGAAACUCUACCGGAAAAAGCACAACCCGGUGAAGAUUCAUCUGCUACAAGGGUUACAAGCGAUCGAAGCGGCGGUGAAGAAAUUUUAUUACUCGUAUAAACAGUUGUUGGUGGUGGCGAUGGGAAGCGUGGAGGCGAAAGGUAGUCUGGCUUUCGUUACGGUGGAUUCUAGUGAUUCAUUGGCUCAGAUCUUCUUGGAACCGACGUAUUUUCCGAGCUUGGACGGAGCAAAGACGUUUUUGGGAGAUUACUGGAGCCAUGAAGGCCGAGGUCGGUAG